CUGUUUUCAACAUGGCGGUUUUUAACGUUGAAUCUUUGAAAGAACAAAAAUCCAAAAUUAAGCCGCUUUUAGGAACUAAAUUAAGCUUAAACGACACUUGGUAUUUAAUUGAUGGCAAAUGGUUUAAACAAUGGCAGACAUACGUGAGCUUUGAUGAUGUUGAAAAUAAUAAUAUUCUAGACGAUUCUAUAUAUCCUGGUCCUAUUGACAACUCUCAACUUUUACUAGAUUCGAAUAAAUUGAAGCCAGACAUAACUGAAGAGGUUGACUAUUAUUUCCUGCCCCAAAAAGCAUGGGAUCUAUUUGUUAUGUGGUAUUCCCUGGCCGAAGAUCAAGAGCCCAUAGCAAGGAAGGUUAUCUCACAAGGAGUCUUCAAUAAUCACCUGAUCAUCGAGAUGUACCUGUUAGAGUUGAAGUUCUGCAGGCACGACCAACCAAAUAAUUUUAAGAUACAUUCAUUCAGCCAGAUGUCUACAAUUGAGGAACUAGAAAGAGCGGCCAGAGAAAUGUUCGAAAUUCCAGAAAAUCGCGACAUUCGCCUGUGGAACAAGUUCCUGAACAAUUCCAUAGAGCCACUCAUAAAGAAGACUCUGACCCUGAAAGAUGCCAGUAUCUACAACAAUGGGGAGAUAAUCGUCGAGGAACAAGGUGGCGAUCAAACCUGGCCCUACCAGUCUAAAAUGUUCAGCACUUCGGGGCUCCAAAAUAGAAUCACCCCCUCCCCAGCCGUUACGUACGAGGGCCUCCACAAGAAUAUCCACAACUUCUCACCUGGACUCUGCGGUCUGACCAACCUAGGCAACACCUGCUUCAUGAACAGUGCAAUACAGUGCAUGAGUAACGUGCCCCACCUAACUGAGUACAUGCUGAGUGGUAGAUGGAAGUUGGAACUGAACGUGGACAACCCCUUGGGUAUGAGGGGAGAAGUCGCUUCCUCCUACGCCGAACUUAUCACCAACAUGUGGUCCGGCAAGUUUAACUGCACAGCACCCAGGCAGUUCAAGGUAGCAGUAGGUAGGUUCAAGCCUGAGUUUUCGGGCUACCAACAGCAGGACUCUCAAGAGCUCAUGGCAUUUCUACUGGACGGCUUGCACGAAGAUUUGAACCGUAUAAGGAAGAAACCAUACAUAGAAACUAAGGAGGCCGACAACAGACCUGAUGCUGAAGUGGCUGACGAGACAUGGCAGAACUACAUAAAGAGGAACGACUCGAUUAUCGUCGACACCUUCCACGGCCUCCUGAAAUCCACUCUCGUCUGCCCAGAGUGUCAGAAGGUGUCCAUCAAAUUCGAUCCAUUCUGCUAUCUAUCUCUACCAUUGCCAGUCAAAAAGGAUAGGCAGAUUGAAAUCUCAUUCGUCCCUCACGACCACACUCUUAAAAUAAGACAGCUGAAGGCGACAGUAUCAAAAAUGGGUCAGAUCACGGAUCUGUGUCAGGCCGUUUCGCAAGUUGUUUCCUACAGAGCUGAGCAGAUGAUAGUGGCAGAAGUGUACAACCAUAGGCUGUACAAAAUAUUCGCCAUGAAUGACGUCAUUUCAAAGAUCAACGAUAAGGAUGAUAUCUUUAUGUUUAAUCGAAACAUCAACGAGCUUGCCAUAGUCCCCGUUUACGUUAGGGAAAGAAAGGAACACAACACAUCCUACCCAUCCAAUUCGACUAGUACACUGUUUGGGGUACCAUUCUUUGUAUCAGUACAUAGGACUCAGUGUACCUAUGAUGAAUUGUACAAUAAGAUACUGCAACGGCUUAGUCGUUACAUAAAAGAGGACUUGAAUGAGAAUGGAAAUGUGCUAACCUCUGGAAGUCUGGGAGAUGGAGAUAUAUCAGAUGGAUCUGAUAGAAAUGACGAUGAUGCCAACGAAGACGACGACAUGUCUAACAGCGUCGACCCCCCUACAACCAACAACGCAAAGGCACAACACUCCAACAAGACGUCUCACAUCCAGCACUGCAACGACAACAACAACGUCGUUGACUCGAUGGUUGAUGAUGCAGACAUUAGCGAUGACAACUACAACAACAACAAACAGCAGCAGCAACAGCCGCAGCAGCAGCAACUUCAAAAACAACAACGUCUCUUCAGUAUUCGACUGGUCAAUGCUUAUGGCAGUGCUGAUUUUGAACUGAUAUCCCCAGACAAAAAUCCUGUCACUUUUAGCAGCAUAGGCCACACGUACAUAGCGGCCGAUUGGAGUCCAUCAACCAGAAAGGCGUACUAUGACGAGAAGGAAGCCAUGAGUUUCGAGAUAGAUGCCAGCAUGGACAGCCGGCCAGCAGUUAAGAAGAGCAUCCUUCUGUCAGACUGUCUUGAACUGUUCACGACAAUGGAAAAGUUGGGAGAACAAGAUCCAUGGUACUGUCCAAGCUGCAAGAAGCACCAGCAGGCCACAAAGAAAUUCGACCUCUGGAAACUCCCACAGAUUCUUGUCAUUCAUCUGAAGAGAUUCUCGUACAGUAGGUUCUGGAGGGAUAAGUUGGAUACGUUCAUCGAGUACCCCGUCGAUGGUCUGGACAUGAGCAAGUUCAUUAUAAAUGAGAAAAAGGACUCUUGCGUGUACGACCUCAUCGCCGUGUCCAAUCAUUACGGUGGUCUUGGCGGUGGACAUUACACGGCAUGCGCUAAGAACAAAUUCACAGGCGGGUGGAAUUACUUCGAUGACUCCAGUGUCUCUCCCAGCGACGAAUCAAACGUUGUUACAAAGGCAGGAUACGUCCUUGUCUACCAGGCACGCAACAGCAGCACAAAGGUCAACACAAACAACAACAUCGAGACUAAUAACAACAACAUCAACGGUUGCAGCAGCAACAACAACAACAACAACCACAACCACAACUCGAUGCAGACGAGCAACAAUUCUAGUAACGAUUCACCAUCCUCUUCCUCACCUGGAGAUCCUCCUACUUAUGAUGUUUGCAUGGAUGAUACUUUGUGAUUGGCUGAUUUUUCUGCGUGCUAUUUUGUGAUUGAUCAAUUUUUACGAGUGCUAUUUUGUAAAUGGUGGGAGCGGUGUCUUGAUUGGCUAACUUUUAUGCGCAUUCUUGUGAUUGGUUCAAGUUAUGUCGUUAUUGUUAUUUUAUGAUUUGGUAGAUUAGUUUGCUGGCUGGCGGGGAGUCAAUGGUCGGUUUGUGGAUUUUUUCAUUUUCAUUCGGUAUUUUAUUUAUUAUUAUUAUUUUUUCUGCAAUGCUUUAUUUAUUUAUCUAUUAUUAUAGACAAAUUUUUUUUUCUUAUUUACAUUAAUAAUUAACACAAUUUAUUAACAUAACAAUAAUGAACAACUUUUUAUUAAUUAAUUAAUGUUAGUAAUUGAUUAGUUGGUUAAUUGAUGGAUUGGUUGAUUGAAUGUUUGAUUGGUUGUUUAUAUAUUUUGUUUAUUAGGCAAAAGCACUUGGUUUAGAAACAAAUCUAAACUAACCUGAUGUAAAAAUAUUUCAGUUGUUGAAUUGACAAGUAUUUUUUCUCUACUGUCUGGUUUUUUCAAGUUUUCUAUCACUGACGACACGCACUUUUUUCAAGAUGAUUUCAAAUUUUUAUGGCAAUUCGAAAUUAUUACACACUCUGUUAUAGUAUUUUAUUUUAUUUUAUAUUAUUCCUCUCUAUUUUUUUUAUUUCCACAACAAAGAAUACAUACAUACAUUAUUUUC